GAAGUCUUUUUCGGAAGAUGAAAUUUAUAAAUGACAUCCAUUGCACGGCGCCUAGGAUACGACAUGACUUCAAUCUAAUACAAUCUCUAGAUUGGUUAAAAAGAUGCUGCACUGUUCAUUUAUAAAAUAUCAAAUGACAAGAAUCUUCAUUCAGAAAAAAGAUGCUUAGAAGAUCUGUGGCUUUCAUCAACAACUGCAAGUAUAAUACUGGGCUAUUUGCAUAUGUACCCUGUUUUGACAGCAAAUAUAUUGAAGGGAAAUAUCCACUAGAAGUUAAUUCAAGUCAUCAACAAUAUGUUAUCAUCAUUGAGCCAUUCUUUGAUUGCUAUCAACCAAUGGUGUUAUUGGCUGGUGCAGUGCCAAAGUAUAUUCCUCUGAAACCAAAAGAAAAUGCUACAAGCACAAAAGACUGGGUUCUGGACCCUAAAGAACUAGAUGCUAUGUUCAACGACAAGACUAAAAUGAUUAUUGUAAAUAACCCCAACAAUCCACUAGGCAAGGUUUUUACAAAGGAUGAGUUAACAAUGAUUGCUGAAUUGUGUAAGAAACAUGAUGUGAUCUGUCUCAGUGAUGAAGUCUAUGAAUGGAUGAUAUACACUGGAAACAAACAUGAAAGAAUCGCCACUUACCCAGGAAUGUGGGAGCGAACAAUUACCGUAGGAAGUGCAGGAAAGACAUUUAGUGCUACAGGUUGGAAGCUUGGAUGGAGUAUUGGUCCGGAGAACUUAAUCAAUGGAUUACGUGUGGUACACCAGCACUCCAUAUAUUGCUGUCCAACACCACUACAGGAGGCAGUAGCUAUUGGUUUAGAAACAGAGUUUGCUAGACUCAAUCAACCAGAUUGCUAUUUAUCAUCGCUAGCUGAAGAGCUAGAAGAAAAACGCAACAAAGUAUGCAGAGUUUUGAAGGAUAUAGGAUUGGAGCCAAUUGUACCGGAUGGAGGCUAUUUUGUCAUUGCUGACAUAUCCAAGAUCGAAGGUGAUUUUGAAGAUGGAACAUCAUCUCCAAAGGAUUAUAAAUUUGUUCGUUGGCUCACUAGGACUGUGGGCGUGGCAACAAUCCCUCCAAGUGCAUUUUUCAGUGAUGACCAUAAAUAUAUUGGUGAAAAAUAUAUUAGAAUAUGUUUCAUUAAGGAGGAUAGUACACUGGAUAAAGGAUUAAAGCUUUUGCAGACUUUGAAGUAGAAGAGACGAAUAUUGUUGAAAUUUUUGCAAUGAUUAUGGAACUUCAGUAUAGUAGGCCUAUAUGAAAUUAAAUUAUUCAUCCAUGAUACAAACACACAUGAAACAGAAAUUUCAAGAAUAUGGAAAGUCAUAUUUAUUAGGUGUGUUAGGUUUUUAAAAACUACUGUAUAUAUUUUACCAUCACAAAUGGGAAAGGGUUUUAUUGAUAAUUUAGAUAUUUGGAUUUUAUUUGUUUAAACUAAUAUUUUACUUUUUGUUUAGCCAUUUUGAUGAUGCACUUGCCUUUCUAAUUGAAAAACCUUUGAUAGUUAAGUAAAUGCGAAAGACCUAUUUAAAUAACUGUAGAUUGUUAUUAUCUUGUGGUAAAUUUUCACUAUAGAUUUAACUAUGCUACUUGAUUUAUAGGAUUUUUUCAAUUUUGUCUGAAGUUAACUACUGUAAAUGCCAUUUAAAACCUAUUGGAGUUGCAUUCCAUCCAACAACAUUUAAUAAUGGUAAAUAAAACCCAAUCCUGUACUAUUCUAAACUCCAUAAUCAUAAUUAGUAACCCAUACUUUACUGGCUUUGAUCUAUUUACUGACUUAUUUCAUUGAUGAGUUAUAGCUAAGUACCAAAAUUAAUAAAUCAAUGGUUGGGUGGGGGAGGUGAUUGUUGUAGAGAACCAGGAUGUGUCAAAUUUAAAAAAGAUGUGGAGGUUAGGAAUUGUAAAAAUUAUUUAUUUAUUAAGAGUGUGACAGUGGCACACAACAGCAACAGAAAAUAUAGAGCCUAUUAUAUUUUUUUUAUGGUGAUUCAUGGCACAAAAUUAUUUUCCAUUAGCACAAAAAAUAUUCAAUUAUAAUUAGUGACUUAUCGCAUGACAUAAUGUGUUCGCUGCUUUAGUGUUUCACGUCAUGCUUAAUGAUGUGGUAAAAUUUUGAACUUUUAGGGGAUUUGACAGAUGAUCAUGGGUUUAGUAUCACCUACAGUUGCUUUUAAACAUAUUUAAUUUUUAUGUUGUUUCUUGAUUCCAAACUUCUGUAAAAUCUGAUUGCAAUAUAGUGCGAGAGAUUGGAUAUAAUCUGAAUGCACAAAUAUAUAAGUAUAAACAAAAG